AUGGACAAGAAGGAUCACUGGGAACCUCCUCCAGUGGGUUUCUAUAUCAUUAAUGUGGAUGGUACAAUUCCUUUGGCCACUGGACACUCAGGGAUUGGAAUUAUAGUUCGAGAUAGUGAGAGCAGAUUUUUAGCAGCCAUGUAUUUGCCCCUCCAAGGAAGAUAUUCUGUCGAGGAAACUGAGGCAAUCGCAGUGGAGCAGGGAUUUGUGUUGGCAAAAAAGCUUGGCCAAGAGAGAGUUAUCAUAGAGAGCGACUCUCUCCUGACUGUCCAAGCUGUUGAAGCUAAUGAUGUCAGAGGAGCUGUUGGUCACAUUGUGAAGGGCAUUGUGCAAAGUUUAUGCAGCUUUUAG